GCUAUUGCAGUAAAAUGGAAGCACAUAAAACCUUCAGCUGGUAACGAAAGUCUGUCGGGAUAUGUCCUAGAAUAUAAACAGAAAGGAUCUGAUAGCACAGACGCUUGCAGUGUGGCACUUGUCAGCACGAAAAAAUCGUUCAAAAUUCAAGUUGAGCAGAAUGUACUCGUGGACAGUAAAGAAUUUGUUGUUGACGGUGAUAAGAGUGUAAUAGAGGUGAACGACCUGAUUCCGGAAACUCGAUAUCAGGUGAUUUUGGAGUUCAGAGGGAUUAACAAUAACUGUAGACAGUACAAAAUGCAAACUUUUGUUACCGUAGAAGCAAAGUGUGUUGAAGGUUGCAUCAUUCAGCCGUUAAACGAGUCGUACAUUUAUGAGUCAUACCUUCGUAUGAUUCCGUUACCAAACGACAAUUACCUCGUCACGUGGCAGUACUAUAAACAAUUUACAAACCAAUCAGCGUUCAAUUACGUCAUUAGAGUUUUAGGGGAACCAUUUUUGAAUCAGCUUUCAGCCAACCUUGUUCCAAACGGUAACAGAUACUCUCUUCUGACCCAGUUGAACCGGAGUAAGACGUACACCAUUAAUCUUCAGGUCUUCAGUUCGAGCCAUGGAGGUCGACCUUUAGCGUCACAGUAUCUUCUAGUGAUGCCAAUGUCGGGUAAAAAUUUGUUAAUCUUUAAAGAUAUACUACGUUUAUCUUUGGGUAAAAUACUAUUAUCGCAAACUUUAUUGAAAUCUAGUAAAAUCUUCCCGAAUAUGGCUAAUUUGAAUAAAUAA